AUGGCACAUCCCUCGCAACUAGGAUUUCAAGACGCAGCUUCACCUCUUAUAGAAGAACUUCUUCAUUUCCAUGACCAUGCCUUAAUAAUCGUCUUCUUAAUCAGCACAAUAGUGCUAUACAUUAUUGUGGCCAUGGUUACCGCCAAAUUUACCGAUAAACUUGUCCUAGAUUCCCAAGAAAUCGAAAUCAUUUGAACCCUACUCCCUGCAAUCAUCCUUAUUCUGAUUGCUUUACCAUCCCUCCGCAUUCUCUACUUAAUAGAUGAAAUUAAUGACCCCCAUCUGACAAUCAAAGCCCUAGGUCACCAAUGAUACUGAAGCUAUGAGUACACCGACUACGAAGACCUAGGAUUUGACUCCUACAUGAUCCCCACCCAAGACUUAACCCCCGGCCAGUUUCGCCUUCUAGAGGCAGACCACCGAAUGGUAAUCCCAGUCGAAUCCCCUAUCCGAGUCCUUAUUUCUGCUGAAGACGUCCUGCACUCCUGAGCAAUCCCUGCACUAGGCGUAAAAGUAGAUGCAGUCCCCGGCCGUCUCAACCAAACCACCUUCAUCGUCAACCGCCCCGGGGUAUUCUACGGACAAUGCUCCGAAAUCUGCGGGGCCAACCACAGUUUUAUACCUAUCGUAGUUGAAGCAGUUCCCCUAGAACACUUUGAAAACUGAACCUCCCUAAUAAUCGAAGACGCUU